AUGGAUAUCGCCAAGCGCCGAUCACUGACUAAGAAAUGUCUUGGCACCGAAAUGGAUCACCCAAGUCGCGUCUCUCACCUGGACCCCGACCGCGUAGCCACGAUGUACGGCGAACUCGGCAACAAACUGGUCCAACACGCCAAACGCACCCAAUCCCUCGCCCACCUCCCCGCCUACCAAACAGAAAUAGUGCGCGCCGUAACCCGCGAAGUCCGCGAUCUAGACCGAGAUGUCACACGCCUCCUAGCCCCCUUCGAAGGCGCCUUCAACCCCUCCACCGACCCAGCAGUCGCCUGCGCCCUGCUAGUCGACCAUCUCUGCAUGCGCCGUAAUAAGCGCUGCCUGCUCGCCUACCACCGCGUGCGCACGGAGAAACUGGAGGAGUUGUGUUGGCUUGGUGUUGAUAUUCUCGAGCAGCAGCAGCAACAGCACGCUGAGCAGGGCGGCGCUGGUGUUGGCGGGCAGAAUGCUACGUCUACGGCUUUGGGGGGUGGGGGUGGACAUAGCUCCCUCAGUCCUGAGGAGGAGGAGUAUUUCCGGUUAUAUGGGGAUAUGCUUGCUGCAUAUAAGGGCCAGUGGACGGAUAUUGAUUUGACGGGGACAUUGGAGCCGCCUAGGGAUCUUUUUAUUGAUGUGCGGGUUUUAAAGGAUGCUGGAGAGAUUCAGACGGAGUAUGGUCAACUCUAUGUUCGACAGGGAGAUGUGGAGAGGUUGAUUUCUCAGGGAUUCCUGGAGCGAUUGAGCUGA